AUGUGUCGUUCCCUAUCCAAGUGCUUGGGUACCAAUAUUUUCGUUAGCAGAAGGCAAACAAGCAGUACAACUCCCAGGCCAGCCAGGCUCUGUGACGUCUUCAUUAACCACAGAGGGAUGGACACCAAGCGCAACAUCGCUGCAUUGCUUUACGAUCGUUUCGUCCAUCUAAAGCUCCACCCAUUCUUGGACUAUAAGACUAUGAAGCCUGGGGAUGAGCUCUUAGAGAAUAUUGAAGCUGUUAUACGAGACUGUAAGGUUGGGGUUGUCAUCUUCUCUCCAAAUUAUUGUGGUUCUUACUUCUGUCUCCAUGAAUUAGCUCUCAUGACAGAAUACCAGAAGAAGAUCAUUCCCAUCUUCUAUGAUGUCAACCCAUCUGAUCUUGUGGUUGUUGAUGAUGGAAGCUAUCCGGCCCAGAAGCUGCACAGGUUUACAUUGGCGCUUGAAUUAGCCAAGCGCAGGGUGGGCCUCCCAUUUGAUUCGAGCAACGGGUAA